GGUAUUUAUAGAUGUUAACAUUUGUUAAAUCAACAUCAUAUUUUGACCAAUCCGCUAAAAGACAUAUUAUGCUACUGACCAAUAGUAGCACGCCACGUUGGCAUUCUAGAAAGCUCCAUCGUGCUCUGAUUGGCUAAGACUCUGGCUCCUUCAGGGCCUCCGGAGGCUCUGUUGCAGUUCUCGGAAAGCCGACUUAACACUAUGACCUAAAGAUUAAUAUUUGUACUUAUUUACAGAUUCUAAAAUGCGAAUGAAUAUUGUUAAUGUUUUUACCAAACAUACAUGGUCGUGCGUAGUUUUAUUCCAUACUCUUAUAAAUGAAUAGCUGCUGUAACUACAGCUGGAAUUGGUUUUAUGUGGAAUUCUACAUUUUCUAAAAUAUACUUUCCGUUAGACCUCGGUAUUCGUUUGUUUCCUACUGUUCGAACAAGUGGUGCCUUGAUUACGAUCACACCCAGUGUUAUUCGAUUUAUUACAACUACAUUGAGUGCAAUUAGCGCCUCUGCUGCAGGAUUAUAUGCAUUGUUUUGGCAAUGGGAUCCAUGCUGUAAGUAUCAAGUUGCACCAUCGCUAGCAUCUCUGCCAGUUGGAACAGCUUCCUUUGUAACAAGUAGUAGUCAUGCCUUGACGAAUUCACAUCCAGAUGAUAAUUCGCCAGGCAGCGGAAUGAGCAACGGUGAAAGCCCCAGUGGUUCUUCGGAAAUAAGUCGAGCAAGCAAUGGGAAGCGUGCUCGAGCUAUCAUCGCAGAGAAUCAUUCCAAUUCAAAUAGUCCUCCAUUACGUCCAGUGGUUUUAGUUCAUCGAGAUGAUGGAAGACGAAAAAUACUGCAUAAUGCCGUCUCUCUAACUUCUACUCUAGUCGCUUGUUAUAUUCUUUUUAGAUGGUCUAGACAUUCAAAUAUGAUUGUUAGUAAUCCUUAGUUUUGUUGUAUCCUUGUCUGUCGUAGUCUGCCUGUUUUCUUAUAUGGAAUAAACAUACUAACCUCUUUCGCCCAACAUAUGUAGAGAACAAUUUCUUCCUUUUAGAUUAUUUUUUUCCUAAAAUCUGCGUUACAGUAUCCUAUAGUUUCAUAAUAUUUUUAACUAUCGGGUACUAUAAGUAUUUUAACAAGCAUUUUUACAGUCCAUAUAUUUAUUUUUUUGUCCUUGUAUCCAUGUUAGUAUGGAUUUAAUUAGAUCACUUUCUCGUUGUUAUAAAAAAUUACUAUUAGUACCGGUCUCUUAUUAUUUCUAUAGUGAGAAUCACUUAUUGCGCUUCAUUUUAUUAGUAAAAUGCUCACAUACCAAUUAAAUUGUAAAUGUAUUAUCUUUAUAACAACUCUUAACAACAUUGAAUCUUUCUUGUGUUUCUUAGUUUUUAUGGACUACUUGAAAGAUUUUCAGUUUUAUGCUUACAUCUUAAUGUUCGGCCACCAAAUAUCGUCGUUUUUCUGGUUGUAUCGAUUCAAAGCACUAUGUAAAUAGAUUGUUGGUGAAUGUCGCAACCUCAAAUUUGAUAACAGUUCAGUCUUUAUAACGUACGCUUAAUGAUUUGUACAAAAAUAUUAGUACUAACGAAGAACGACGGGGUUUGCAGAUAAUAUUAUCAAUUUAUUAAGUUUUAUUGUGUUCUCUUUAGCUGCAUUUAUGCCAAGACGAAUCAUUCAACAUAUUGUUUGGGAAUAAAGAGGUAGAACGCUAUUUCAAGGUGAAAAAUAAUUGUGAAGGGAGAUUUUUCAUUAAUUGAAGUUACAUUUUUGAAAUAUUGCAAUAGAUGGUUUCAUUAUGCCUUGUAAUCGAAUUUCUACAAACAGGUUGGUAAGAAAAAAUGACAGAUAUUUCAAAAUAAGUUCAUUGAAUUGAAAUCGUAGUUAAAAGAGAAAAGGACUUAUAUUGUUUACUGCUAUUAUUGGAGAAACUAAAGUUUAACUAUUGGUAUUUUUAACACAAAAGGUCAAAAUAUCUUUUCUAAAUUGCUAAUAACUUCAGUGAAUAUAGGAGUAGAAUUUUUCUUGCUAAGGAUAAUUUUGAAUACUUUUAUUAUAUGGAUGCCGUAUAUGAUGGAUGGUACAAUAUCGAGCUACGAUAUCAUUUGGCCCGAUGCGAAGCAGGUCAUUUAAAUACGCUAAUUGAUGCCUCGAUGUUCCUUCUCUUUCUCUCUCUCUCUCU